UACACGUGUCAUCAAAACACUGCAUGAGACGUUGUUGUUGUGUGACGUCAGAGCUGGCAGGAGCGAGGCAGCAACGGUCGUUUACUACAGCACUGUAAUGUCAACAUUACUGACACAUCUGCCUGUAAACGUCCAUGGCAAGGACCAAGAGUCAAACAUACGGUGCUGCUCCCAUCCAGCCUAGCUUGAUGUCGUGUUCCUGUGCUUCCUCAUCAAGGGUAAGGACCCAGCUGAACUCCAGACACUGUCUCGGUAUGGAGGUCAGCAGCGGAGAGACGAGCCAACCAAAGACGCCUUCGUUCAAGUUGCCCAAAUCGCACAAGAGGGAGGACUUUACUUUUGGGAAAAUUUUGGGAGAGGGUUCCUUCUCAACGGUCGUGCUUGCUAAAGAACAGGCCACAGGAAAGGAAUAUGCAAUGAAAAUUCUAGAGAAGAACCACAUAAGGAAAGAGAACAAAGCACACUAUGUCAUGCGGGAGAAGGAUAUAUUGUCGAGCAUAACUCAUCCAUUUUUCGUAAAGCUGUACUUCACAUUUCAAGAUUCUCAUAAGUUAUAUUUUGCUUUAAGCUACGCCAAAAACGGCGAACUGCUUAGAUACGUUCGUAAAAUCGGCUCGUUUGACGAGACCUGCACACGAUUCUACACUGCUGAGAUAGUUGGUGCACUUGAAUACUUGCACUCGAUAGGAAUUAUUCACAGAGAUCUUAAACUGGAGAACAUUUUACUGAAUGAAGAUAUGCACAUUCAAAUUACAGAUUUCGGGACGGCAAAACAAUUGCUGUCGGACAGCACUCAAAAAAGAGCCAAUUCGUUUGUUGGGACGGCGCAGUAUGUUUCUCCGGAGCUGCUGUUGGAAAAAUCUGCCUGCAAAAGCUCGGACCUUUGGGCACUGGGUUGCAUAAUCUACCAGCUGGUUGCCGGAUUACCUCCGUUCAGAGCCGGGAAUGAGUACUUGAUUUUCCAGAAGAUAUUAAAGCUGGAGUAUGAAUUUCCUGAGAAGUUCUUUCCCAAAGCUAAAGAUCUAGUAGAGCGGCUGUUGUGUUUGGACCACACAAAGCGACUGGGAUGUGAGGAAAUGGGUGGGUUCAAUCCACUGAAAGGCCACAUGUUCUUCGAGACAAUCUCAUGGGAGAACCUGCCUGUUCAGACUCCACCCAAGCUGACUCCUUACUUACCGGCCAUGGCUGAAGAUGAUGAAGACUACUAUGGAAAUUAUGAAGAUCUACUCAGUCAGUUCAGCAGCCUGCAGGUGGUUUCAUCCAGACCUACUCAGGUCCUAUCAAACACUGCUAACCCACAGAGAUCCUGCAGCAACAUUGAGCAAUACAUCCACGACAUAGACAGCAACUCAUUCGAGCUGGACCUGCAGUUUUCAAGUGAAGAGAAACAACUGCUGCUGCAGAAGCAAACAAGCGGCAACCCAUGGCACCAGUUUGUUGAAAAUAAUUUGAUAUACAAAAUGGGACCAGUUGACAAGAGAAAGGGACUGUUUGCUCGACGGCGACAGCUUUUGCUGACUGAAGGACCACAUCUAUAUUAUGUGGACCCCGUGAAUAAAGUACUAAAAGGGGAGAUCCCAUGGUCUCCGGAGUUGCGUCCUGAGGCCAAGAACUUUAAGACAUUUUUUGUGCACACGCCAAACAGGACAUAUUAUCUAAUGGAUCCCAGUGGUAAUGCGGACAAAUGGUGUAAGAAGAUCCAAGAGGUGUGGCAAACGAUAUACCACUAACACCAGACUCGAUGUUUGAUGGGGCACUGGAGUCAAAUCUUCAUGAUCUGAGCCCUCCCUCAGUCAAGAACAUUUCUGUAUGCUGGCACAGAAAGAUGUUUUGCCCGUUCGCUGUGUUUUUUGUCAUGUUGCAGUAAAAUCUAAAAAGUAAACCUCAGCAAAGUUGUGCACUUUGUAUGCAUACACUGUAUGUAUACAUGGGAAAUGUCCUAAAAACUUAGGAAAACAAAAACACUCAAACAUAUGUUGCCUUUUAAAGUAAUUGGAGUGGCUGGUUGGAUAGCUUUAGUAUAACAGAGAAUGAGACACUUUGGUCAAGUAUAUAUUUAAUUCAUAAUUAAUAUAUUUAUAUUUAUUCUUUUAGUUAUUAUAUUGUUCACAUGUGAUUACAUGUCACUGGUAAUUCAACAAUGACUCUAUGUUUAAAUAUCCUCUGCAGUUUAAGCAUUCUUGAUAUAAUGCUGCCUGCUGUAUUAAAAUCUGCUGUAAGGUGGAAAAUACUGUAAUUAUUAUUAGGAGUAAUUGUUGAGCCAUAGUAUGAAAUUACCUAAAUCUACUGCUUUAUCUUAAAACAUUGGUUUGAGAGUCUAUCAUGAGGCAUACUUUAUAAGGUACCACAUCAUGUAUACUGCAAGAAAGCAUGAUGUGACAAAUAUUGACAGCUCUCAUUAUAAUCAAUAAAGAUUUGCUUGCUGGCAUUGUUGGUUUUAAUAACUAUAAACAACACUUUCAGAAAAAAGGUACAAAGUUGUCACUGGGACUGUACCUUUUUAAUAGGUACCAUAUUGGUACCACUUUGGGGUACCAAUAUGCACUAUUUAGGUACAAAAGUGUACUUUUUGAAAAGGUUCGGCCCCAUUGACAACUUUUGUACUUUUUCUGAGAGUUAGAGAUGCAGCUGUUGGGUGCUUAAUUGUGUAUACUAAAGGAUGUUUGGUCCAAAACAAAGGACAAUGUUAUAUGUAAGUGAGAGUCAAGCACAGAAUCCUUUCUGUUAUGUUUGAUCAAUGCUGUUUUCACCAUUUGUUCAGUUGUCUACAAUUCUAUAGGUUUGUCACUGAAUAAAACUGUGAUGUACAGAUGAUGUAUUAUUCAGAAAGUAACACAGUGUUACUAGUUUGCACCUUGUAUAAUUUUAUUCUUAUAUAAGGUUCAUUGCUGGCAGUGGUUCAGUACUUGUAUCUUGUAUUAUUUAAAUAUUCAGAGAUUUUAAUUUAAUCACGUUCAGGGGACAUGCUUUGUAAAUAUUGACUGUGUAAGUCUUUGAAUGUGAAUGAUCGCUGUAUAAAUUAGCAUUGUUUCUUUUCUUUUUUUAAGUUUGUGUUCAAUGUUUUUGGGUUUUUCACAUAAUUAUAUUGGAGAAUGUUCUGGCUGGGGUAAUUCUCAAAAUAAAAGUAUAUUUAAAGAGUAA